AUGGCAGCGGGAAUCGUUGCCCCCCCCACCCCACCUCCACGCGCGUUCGCCGCCCACCGCCUCUGCCGCCAGCGUCUCUUCCCACCGCACCUUUCCUCCACCUGCUCCGCCGCGCCUCCCUUCUCCCCGGAAAUUCCGAUGUUCCUUCCAGAUCCGCCGGAAUUCCCAGAUGCCUUUGAGAAAUUCACAAACGUGACAACGAUACUGCCAUUAACUGGCAAACAAUACUCCGAGAAGGUAGCAGAAAAUUGCGUCGCCUACUGGAAAAAAGUAGAGAAAUACACCGAUGCAGAGUCUGCUGCAAUCGAAAAGUUCCUCCAAGUGAUGAACAAUGACUUGCUUUUUUCGCCUCUAUUAAUCGACUCCUCUAUUAAACAACUAUUGGAAGCAGUGCUUGAGUCGAUUAUCGGUAGGCACGGUGUAUCCCCUUCAGCAAAACAGAGUUUGGCUGCAAGAAUAUCGGAUUUGCUGCUGAAGCCGAAUGAACCCGAGAAAGUUGCUGCUGCUACUGCAAAACCUCAGGAAAACUAG